ACCUUCUCUCAGUUCUCACUUUGCUUUAAGAUGUCGUAACUGAUAGUGUAUUGCUAGUUACGAGGUUUUUCUCGAAAUUACAAUAAUACCAAUUUGUGUCUCUCUUUAUUUUCCCUUCGGAUAAUUGGGGGGUCUAGUUUGAAGAAUUUUCCUUUUAAGGGUUUCACUUUAGCUGUCUGAUUUGUGUGCGUUUGUUUGAUGGGAAUAAUUUUCCGGGAAAAUACCCGGUCAUGGGAAAGUUAUCUUUUAAGGAUUCACUAAAAGCGCUCGAAGCUGAUAUUCAACACGCCAAUACUCUGGUCUUGUAUCUGUAGCUAAUAGAGGAGCCACUCAAUGUGUAAAAAUUUCAGUAGUCCAUGCUAAUGUCAAAGAUUAUGAGUGCACAAUAUAGGCUUUUGAUUAUCCGAGGGAGAAAGAUGGAGCACGACUUCAAAUGAGACUGUCUUACAGCCCUGCAGCUCAGUUUUUCCUUUUCCUUGUUCAGUGGACCGACUGCCAACUAGCCGGUGCCCUUGGUUUGCUCCGGAUACUUAUUUAUAUGACCUAUGCCGAUGGCAAGACCACCAUGUCUGUGUAUGAGAGGAAAGCCAGCAUUAGAGAGUUUUAUGCGGUAAUAUUCCCGUCUUUAUUGCAACUUCAAAAAGGCAUUACCAGUUUGGAAGAUAGGAAACAGAAAGAAGUGUGUACCAUGAGGUACCGUAAGAAGGAUGAAUCCGAGAGGGGGAAACUCUCUGAAAUUGACUUAGAAAGGGAAGAAGAGUGUGGGAUUUGCUUGGAGAUGAGCAGCAUGGUUGUUUUGCCUAACUGUACCCAUUCUCUGUGUUUGAAGUGCUAUCGGGAUUGGCACGGCCGGUCUCAGUCAUGUCCCUUCUGUCGGGACAGUCUCAAAAGGGUCAACUCAUGUGACCUUUGGAUUUACACCGAGAAGAGCGAGAUCAUUGAUUUGUCACUGAUAUUGAGAGAGAAUUCUAAUAGGCUCUUCAUGUACAUUGAUAAAUUGCCACUUAUUGUCCCAGACCCUGUAUUUGUUCCUUAUGAUGUUCAUGUUAGGUGAUUGCUUCAGUGUAGGGCAUCAUAAUUGCCUGUAUAUAUAUAAAACUAGCAUGACUGUAUAUCAAUCUAUAUAUAAUCAUACUUGCCAUUCUGAAA